CAUAUAAAUUCGUCCAACAAAUUGUUCUCUUCAUUAUCCCUAUAAUCCAGCUCAAACGAAAUCAUGAUGAGAGCCGCUCGCUUUUACAAUAAACUCGAUAUCCGCAUCGAUGAAAUUCCCAUUCCCGUCCCCAAAGAGAAUGAAGUUCUCGUAGCAGUAGAAUGGUGCGGGCUCUGUGGUAGCGACCUACACGAAUACACCGACGGCCCCUAUGUCAUCCCCCGCCCAGGAAAUCCUCACGUAAUAACCAAAGAAACCCUCCCCAUAACCAUGGGCCACGAAUUCUGCGGCCGCAUCUCCCAGCCGCCCUCAAACCCCAACUCAAAGCUCAAGAAAGGCGACGCAGUAAUGAUCGACCCUCGGUUCUACUGCUCAGAUUGUCAUCGUUGUAGCAAUGGGAACGACAAUGCGUGCGUGAAAUGGGGAUUCCUAGGUCUUUCAGGAGGCGGAGGUGGCUUGUCUGAGUUUAUUGCUGUGCCGGAAUCGGUUUGCCAUGUUUUGCCUGAGGGAGUAGAUCUGAGUGUUGCGGCGUUGAUUGAGCCGUUGGCGGUUGCUUAUCAUGCGGUGAGGAAGACGGGGAUUGAGGAUUUUGGGGGGAAAGAUGUGUUGGUGUUGGGAGGGGGUUCGAUUGGGAUGGCUGUUGUGGUGGUUUUGAGGAUGAAGGGUGUGAAGAAGGUGGUUGUUAGUGAGCCGACGAUGAAGAGACAGGGGUAUUGUAGGGAAUUGGUAGAUGUGGUGUUGGACCCUGUGAAGGAGAAAGUUGGAGAUCGGUGUAGAGAGUUGACGGAGGGGAAAGGUGUUGAUGUUGUUUUUGAUUGUGCUGGCAUUGAACGUGCAAUGGCAGAUGGGAUGGAUGCAUUGAAGUUUGGGGGGCUUUACCUCAAUGUUGCGGGCUGGAUCACACCUUUCGUUGUUCCGCAAGGGAUCUUCAUGACGAAGGAGAUGGAGAUUAGGGCAUCGAUGGCCUACACUGGUGAGGACUUUCGAGACACCGUGAAGGCCUUUAGUGCAGGAAAGUUUGUUGGUAUUGAGAAGUUCGUUACGAGUCGGGUCCUGUUGGAAGACGUCGUCGAGAAAGGGCUCAAAGAAUUGAUCAACAAUAAAGACGACCAUGUCAAGAUUCUCUUCACUCCUAAGAAAGAGUAUGUAACUUAAGAUAAAAAGGAGAAGGCUAAGUGGCAGAAUCUGCACCAAGGCCAUACCUAGGUAAUGAUAUAGCGCAAGUACAGAAUGAG